CCAGGCUGUACCCGCCGACCUCGAGGCCGAGACCGAGGGCGCGACUCGAGCUGUUCCGUUGCUCAAUCCGUGGACUCGACUGGCCGUGGCUAACAGAGGCCUAACAGCGCCGGUAGCUGCCCACAAAUCCCCAGGAAACUGCCUUUGAUGGCCAAUUUGAAACUAUGCCGUUUUGGCAUUUCGGGAGGUUAUAAAAGCUGCCUGUCUGUCGUGUUUCACUGCAUCUUCUUCCAUCAAUCUCAAUCCUCACCAAACAGUGAGCACUCCCACAUCUCAACCCGUCCGACGAUCUCUUGAGAUUAUUUCAACCAUGUAUGCUGUCUAUCCACCUGUUUACAACAUGUCUACCACCCCCGACAUGUCGGCUCUGCACAUGAGUACCCCCAUGAGUACCCCGACUACCUCUCCCACCCAGACUCCUUUGACCAGCCCCCGUCGUAGCAGAGCCCUGCCGACCGAUGGCCCGACCGUCAGGUUUCUUUACACAAUCAUCAAACAAUUGGACCUCAAAUCGGUCGACUGGACUUUAAUUGCGACUGAUCUGGGCAUAUCCAAUGGCCACGCCGCUCGGAUGCGAUAUUCACGCUUUCGACAGCAGAUGGAGGGCAUCUCUCCUACUCCCCGACAGACCCAAGCCAAGAAGGUCACCAAGAAGCCAACCAAGGCGAGCCCGACCAAGACAGAAUCGAAGAGGGAACCUGGCAGUCCCCAGCCUGACAACUCUCUAUCACAGGCUCCGACCAAGCAAGAACACAGCUCCCAUAUCAAAACUGAGGCUCAUACCCAGACGACGCCCAGUUUGGAAGAUAUCCCCCUUGCCGGACCUUCAGUCAUGGAGCCGAUUUCCCACAUUGGUAUGAUGCCCAGUGUGGGUAAUUUUACUCUUGCUGCACCCCAGUUCCGUGAGGGACUGUCCUUCUAUCCAACAAACUUCUCUCCGGGAGAGCCAGGCUUCUAUACGGCGAUGAACACGGUGACUGGGCCUCUUGGUGAGCAAUACGAUCCUAGGCUUCUGAACCACACUGUGGAUUGGGAGCUCUAUAAGCCUGAGCCAGUGACAGAAGCCAACACUACCAACACGGUGGUCAAGGAAGAACACCAGCAGCAGGGAGUGAAGCCAGAGUCACCCAAGGCAGCGCAAGAGACAGCGCAGGAGGUAGCGCAGGAGGCGGUGUCGGAGGGUACUCAGCAGGAAGUGAAGGCAGUUGUUAUCGACGACUAAGAGAUCAUGCCUUUCAGUAAGGGAUGAACGAAAGGAGUUGAUGUGAAGAUCUUGAUAGGGUUUGACUCGAACUGUUCGCACAUGCUUGUUGAAUCUAUGAUUGUCUUGGUUUGCUUUUGCUUUUGCUUCAAUUCAGUUGAUAUAGAAUUUAAUCUGUUUGAACUUUUUGGAUAGCCAAGCAGUUCCAUGGAAUUAUUUUUUCUG